CAACCAAACGACGAUGCUGACCUGAGUCCUGGAGAACUGACCUUUGAAGAAGGUGCAAUUACUCGCUAUUCCUUCAACUUGCUCGUCUGACAUCAUCCAGAUACUGCGGGAGGCAUGGGUCGUCACCUUGGUGUAACGUCUUGCGCUCUCCUUAUCGUUGGAAAGAUCAUCGGCACUGGCGUAUUCUCAACGCCGUUCUUCAUCCUCUCCAGCGUGGGCUCAGUCAGCGCCUCCCUCAUCAUGCUCUGGGUCCUCGGUUUCUUGCUUGGCCUCUGUGGACUCUCGAGUUCGGCACCACGUUCCCUCGCAGUGGUGGAGAGAAGGUAUACCUCGAGGCCCUCUACAGGAAGUAUGUCGCCACUUAAGUAUUCGCUACCAACGCUAUAUUACUUGGGAUUCACUGCGAGCGGUUGUAUUGAACAAUUUCUUCUUUUGAUCAAGGCCAUCGCGCUCUUCUACGCAGAUCAACACCAGGAAGCAACGCUGCUUAUCAAAGAGCUGGUUACCGCUUGUCCGAAUGUUGGUCCUCUCAUGCGUCCUGUAGUGGAAACAUAUCUACGCGCGUUCAGCUCGGAAUCACUUCCCAAAGGCAUGUGGCUGGAGCGCAUGUCCUAG